GAAGAAGAAGAAUUAAAUGCUUUGAAUGUUUGACGUCAUGCUCUCCUGGUCUAAAUCAAUGCAGUCUACAAUUAACAGCAUCGCUAUGGAAACCGGCCCAGUGUUAAUCGGUGCACUAUAGCACAGUGAUUUUGCCUGAUGACAUCCAAACCAAAGGCCCAGGUGGCACCCCUGCCACGGACAGAGAUCCUUGCAUACUGGGUGCUGUCCUUAGGCUCUCACCUGUACUCUUUCUACCAACUGCACAGAUUCUCCAAAGAGCAUGAAGCAGGAUUACAGAAAGAAUUGCAGUUGGAAAAAGGCCUCGUUAAGGGUUUUAAAAGGGACCCAUCAGACUUCGAGUGGACCUUCUGGACUGAAUGGGCCAAGAAGUCUUUGUUGUGGACUCUUAUUGGUCAUGGCGUGAUAUCAAGAUUGACCAUCAUCUUUUACCCCAAGUUGAGGGUGCCAGCACUCACGAUAUAUGGCCUCUUAGCAGCCAGCAGUGUGCUGGGGAUUAAAGGCGUGAGUGUGCUGCUGGUACAUCUCGGCCUGUCCUUUUCAGUGGCCCAACUGCGAAAGUCAUCUCUGUCAUGGGCCUGCAACCUGCUGCUGCUCUCCACACUUCACAUCCAACCACUUCAAGAGAUCCAGAGGGGCUGGUAUAAGAGCGAGGAGGAGUACUAUCUGCUCCUCUUCAGCGUUGCCGUCUGUGGACUACGCUUCAUCAGCUUCAGCCUGGAGCAUUGCUGGGCCCCUGGAGACCAUGGUGGAGUUGUGCAGCUCUGCUGGCUAUUUUCAUACACCUUCUAUCAUCCUUUUUUCUACAAUGGACCCAUUAUGACGUACAAAGAUUACAUAGAGCAGAUGCAGAGAUCUUCUGAGGAGUGUGAUGGAGACAAGUCUUUUUUUACUUACUUGGUGCUCAGAUUAGGACGGAUUAUUCUGUGGUGGUGCAUCGCAGAAUACAUGAUCCAUGUAAUGUACAUGCACUCCAUCCAGUCCAAUGAGACCUACUUAGAAAUCCUUCCUCCCUGGGCCUUGGGAGGUCUGGCCCUGGCCCUCGUCCAGUUCUUCUUUGUAAAGUAUCUGGUGCUGUUCGGCCUUCCAUCCAUGCUGGCGACUUUGGAUAAACUAGUUCCCCCAAAGCUUCCCCGUUGUGUCAGCAUCAUGUACAGUUUCACAGGGAUGUGGAGGCACUUUGACGAGGGUCUGUAUCGAUGGCUCAUCAGAUACAUCUACGUGCCGUUGGGGGGCUCGCGGCAUGGUCAUCUUUACAAAAUGUUUUCAACUGGCCUCGCGUUCGGCUUCGUCUGCCUCUGGCACGGCGGCCAUGACUACUUACAGUACUGGGCCCUGAUGAAUUGGGCUGGAGUUGUGGUGGAAAAUGGACUGAAGUCUCUCUUUCACUCCUCGUUUAUUCACUCCAUUGUUAAGCAGAAUUUCUCUGCAGCGAUGGAGAGGCGCUGCAUUGCCUUUCUGUCUGCCUUCUCCACUGCCAUGCUCAUCCUCUCUAAUUUGGUGUUUCUUGGGGGAAUACAUGUUGGCAGAAUCUUCUGGAAGCGUGUCUUCAUUCAAGGCUGGUCUACCAUUGCUCCUCCUAUGCUGGCUUUCCUCUACUGCUUUGCUCAGAUUGGACUUGAGUGGACUUCUCACCCACCUUGAGUGCCCUUGACUUUCUAAUCGGAGCGAGAAUCCCUGCUACCAGACGACCAGAGCAACCUGCUGAGUCCAGUUCCUUGUUCCCUCAGCAGCCAUGAGAGCCAACCCGGCUCACAGCCACAGAACCCGUCCAAACCUGGCUGAAGUGAAGCUGAGCAGCCACUUUUUUCACAACCUGCAAGACCAGGCAAAAUCGGUCUGUAAGCUAGGACUUAAAGGAUCAGUGCUGGUUCUUUUGAAGGAGAGAGAGUUUCACGUGCAAACAAACUGCAGGCCAGUCUCUGAUAGGAGCCCUGACAGCAUGUUUUCUACCCAACAAGCUUCACUGAAUCACUGUUAUUCUAAGGAACAGUAAAAUGAAAAUACAGCCCUGAAUCUGUCUUCGUUUGUGGCUCUGAUAAGGUAUUGCUCAGUGGUGCGGUAAGCCGGAGAAAUGCUAAUUUCAUAUUUACUGUCCUCCUUUAGCUCGCCACCAAAGCAGUUGUGUAUUCAGAGGUAGAUAGAAAGCACAGAAGACUGAAUGGAGCAGCAGGAACCUGAUCAGUGUCACUAUUCCCCCCCUUACAUAUGCAACCUGGGUGAAGUAGAAUCACGCUGAUAUUAUAAGUUGUAAUAGCUUAAUAGAGACAAAACACUUUUGAUUUAGAUUUUUCAAGUACGUGGAAAUGUUUUAAUGCUAAUGUCUUGAUAUAUAAUGCCACAUAUCUCCAAAAUGUCAACUGUACGAUACCUCAGUUUACGUUUGGAUUAAAACCUUGUAUUUCAAGUUUCCUGAUUAUAAAUAUGCAUCCAUGUUCUAAUGGAUAACUUUACUGUACCUGCUGUAAUAGUUCAUUCAGUUUCUUUGCUCCAUACAUUCAGGUCUAGAGUCUCUGGGUAUUUUGAGAAACUCCUUUAACAUCAACCCAUAAAGCUCUUCCAGAACUUGUUUUCAACUUUUCAUUAAAAACAGCUUUAUUUUAAUUGUGACAAUUCAUUAUACAGAGAGUAUUGAAGGCACUUCUAUGAAUAUUUUUAAGUGUAUUUUUCCUUUCUAAAAAUCCUGUGAAUACCAAAAGCAAAAAUGGUUUUGUCCUUGUCUCAAUACUUUCUGACUUCCCUUCCCUGUGUUUGGCACUCUGCCCAAAGAUCAUUUACUUUCACAAAUAUAUGUUGUUUUCAAUUUUUUGUGAUUUCCUAAAAAAUCUGGGCACUGUAGUUCUUAGCAGAUAUCACUCACACAACAAUAAAUAGUGUAUUUGUUGGACUGUUUUCAGCUGCGGAUAAAUACACAUUUGGUGCAUUAGUGAGUAUUUACAGUGUUAUGUGAGAUCACCAUAAACUACAGUGCCAAGAUCAUAUUAACAUUGAUAAAAAA